AUGGAUCGAAGUGCUGCUAAUAGUACAACUAACUUAACUAUGCGUAAUAAUUUGUCAAUCUGUGACAUAACGCUCAAGACGUUCAAGGAAUUCUUUUCACUUCUUCUGCUUGUCGAAGUUGGAAUAUCGCUUGUCGUAUCCACGAGGUUAUCACAAGAAUUGACAAAGUCCGUCUUUCUCUUUCUUUUGGUAGUUUACUUCCUCUCAGUAGUAUUCGCUUUGUAUGGCUUGUUCACACAUCAGACAAUCGCAUUCAUCCCGAUCAGGGCUAUAUGGUUUCUAACAACUAUCAUCUCAUGUUUCAUAUUUGGACAUACAGCUUUUACUCAGCUACAGUGUCAUUUCACAGAGCAUCCAACAACCAGACGUCGUUGUGAACUAUCUAAGAAUAAUCGUUAUUGGGAUUAUCUAAUCACUUUACUGAUUUGUGGAUUGAAAUUCUCACAAAUAUUCGUAUCAAAGCAUAUGAUUCACCUUAUGAAACAAUUGAAUGAGCCAAACAUGGAAGAUAUUCAUCCAUCCCCGGAUACAGAUGAUGAAGAUAUGAUUGUCUUUGAGAGGAAAAUUAGUCCAAACGGGCCGAAGGGCAAAGAGACCAACAAUCCUAUCGCUUAG